AUGGCUUCGUCAUCCGCAGGUCUCUCCACUCCGGCUUCUGAGCAGUCGUCCAGAGCAUCCACCCCCGGCCCCGGCGCUGUCGAGAAGACGCCCGACGACAGCAGUAAACUCAAAACCUUUGUUGGCAUCUUGAAGAAGUUCAUCGGUGUCUCUGACAUUGCCGCUGUUCGCUUCUCCCUGCCUGCCCAGCUGCUCGAGCCCAUCCCCAACCUCGAGUACUGGCAUUACCUGGACAGACCCGACAUCUUUGCCAGCAUCGGCGACUCGGACGAUGAGCUAGGCCGCCUCCUCGCCUGCUUGCGCUUCUGGUUCACAAAGGACCUGAAGUAUGUCAAGGGCAAGCCUUGCAAGCCAUACAACUCGACUCUCGGAGAGUUCUUUAGAUGUCAAUGGGAGACCGAAGACAACGUCCCCGUUCUCCAAGGCAACAAAGUCAAGUCCGAUACUGCCGGCAAGCCUAUCAAGGUUUCUUACCUCACCGAGCAAACCUCGCAUCAUCCUCCCGUCUCCGCCUACUACGUCGACUGUCCUCAAAAAGGCAUCUCUGCAUGCGGCUUCGAUCAGAUUAGCGCAAAGUUCACCGGCACCAGCAUUCGUGUCACUCCAGGCAUUUACAACGAAGGCAUUUACGUCACUCUACACAACUGGGACAACGAGACAUACCAUCUCACUCAUCCCGCUGCAUACCUAGGCGGCUUCCUGCGAGGCAACCUCAACGUUAGCGUCGCCGAUACCUGCUUUGUAACAUGCAAGAAGACAGGCAUCAAGGUCAUCCUCACAUAUCUUGAAGAAGGAUGGCUGGGCAAGACUCAGAAUAAGGUAGAAGGCGUUGUCUACAAGUGUGACGUUGACAACGACAAUAUUACCAGGAUCAAGGACGUUCCAGAGAAGGCCAUCAUUGGUCGCAUCGAAGGUGCCUGGCACGAUAAGGUCUACUUCACCAGAGGCCCUGGACCUGCUGCAAAGAACCCCGAUAAGGUUCUUCUGAUUGAUGUCAACCCGCUGUUCCCCGUGCAGAAGAUUGUUCCUCCUCCUGAGCAACAAUUGCCCAACGAGUCGCGCAAGUUCUGGAACAAUGUCACCGACGCCAUUCUCAACAAGCAAUACUCGAGAGCCACGUCAGAGAAACAGGAGCUUGAGGAGCGCCAACGUCAAAAAGCGGCUGAUAGGAAGGCCAGAAACGUUGAAUGGUCACCUCGCUUCUUCACUGGCGCCACCACUCCAGCUGGUAUUCCUGAGCUCACCGAGGAGGGCAAGAAGGUCCUUCAAGGUCUGCAAAACGGUGACUACCAUCUCGAAGAGAGCAAAGAGACCGGUGCAUGA